UUUGAAUUGAAAAAAAACUCAGAUAUCAAUAAUCAUCUUGAAACACAUUUUCCUCUCAAAAGAAACCCCAAAUGAGAAACAAGAAAGUUUUCUUCUUCAUCUUGCUCUUCUUCUUCUCCUCCUUCAAGGUGGAAGUCAGUAGAGGACAGAACAACGGAAGAACCAAAGUCAAUGUCGGUGUUGUAACAGAUGUUGGAACUUCAUACUCGGACGUUGCCAUGCUCUGCAUCAACAUGUCUCUAGCCGAUUUCUACUCUUCUCGUCCCCAAUUCCAGACAAGGCUUGUCGUCAACGUUGGCGACUCCAAAGAAGACGUCGUCGGUGCCGCAUCUGCAGCUAUUGAGCUGAUAAAGAACAAGAAAGUGAAAGCGAUUUUGGGGCCAUGGACUUCAAUGCAAGCUCAUUUUUUGGUUGAGAUUGGCCAAAAGUCACGAGUUCCGAUUAUUUCCUACUCUGCAACAAGCCCGUUUCUUACAUCUCUCCGUAGUCCAUACUUCCUUCGUGCUACAUACGAGGACUCCUCUCAAGUAAACGCCGUAAAAGCUAUUAUCAAGUUGUUUGGCUGGCGAGAAGCUGUACCUGUUUACGUAGACAACACGUUUGGAGAAGGUAUAAUGCCUCGUCUCACAGAUGCAUUACAAGAAAUUAAUGUUCGAAUACCUUAUAGAUCUGUUAUCGCUCUCAAUGCCACGGAUCAAGAUAUCUCCGUGGAGCUUCUCAAAAUGAUGACCAUGCCCACUAGAGUCUUCAUUGUCCACAUGUACUCUUCUCUUGCCUCAAGAGUCUUUAUAAAAGCUAAGGAGAUUGGUUUGAUGAAACCAGGAUAUGUAUGGAUCCUUACCAAUAGUGCAACCGAUGACUUAGCUACGAUGAAUGAGACGGAUGUUGAGGCUAUGGAGGGCGUACUUGGUGUUAAAACUUAUAUUCAGAAAUCCAUAGAGCUGGACAAGUUUAGGUCUCGAUGGAGGAAGAGUUUCCCACAGAUUGAGCUGAGUGUCUAUGGAUUGUGGGCUUAUGAUGCUACCACCGCACUAGCGAUAGCUGUUGAAGAAGCUGGAAUAGAUAACAUGACUUUCAGUAAUGUGGAUCUUGGAAGGGAUGUUUCUGAACUUGAAGUUCUUGGUUUAUCUCAAUACGGUCCAAAGCUUCUCCAGACACUCUCAACAAUUCAGUUCAAAGGACUCGCUGGAGAUUUUCGUUUUGUUAACAGGCAACUACAGCCAUCGGUGUUUGAGAUUGUUAAUGUAAUCGGGACAAGGGAAAGGUCAAUUGGAUUCUGGACGGAAGAAAAUGGUCUUGUGAAGAAACUUGACCAAUAAUCACGAAGCAUAGGUACUUUAUCAACUUGGCAAGAUCAUCUUAAGUUGAUAAUAUGGCCUGGAGAGGCUAAUUCUGUUCCCAAAGGAUGGGAGAUCCCAACGAACGGGAGGAGGUUGCGCAUUGGAGUUCCAAAGAGAACCGGUUACACCGAUCUUGUAAAAGUCACAAGGGAUCCUAUCACCAAUUCACCAGUAGUUACAGGUUUCUGCAUAGAUUUCUUUGAGGCUGUGAUUCGAGCAAUGCCUUAUGACAUCUCUUACGAUUUUAUUCCUUUUGAAACUCCUGAUGGUAAACCAGCUGGGGACCACAACUCUCUAGUAUACCAAGUCUACCUCGGGAUAUAUGACGCGGUUGUGGGAGAUACGACUAUACUAGUAAACAGGUCCUCUUAUGUCGACUUCACAUUUCCGUUCAUUAAAUCAGGUGUGGGAUUGAUUGUUCCCGUCGAAGACCAAGUAAAAAGAGACAGUAUUAGUUUCUUGAAGCCUUUAACAUGGAAACUGUGGAUGACUACAUUUCUCUUCGUCUUUCUAAUUGGAUUUACUGUUUGGGCUGUUGAACAUAGGGUUAACCCGGACUUCCGUGGACCACGUAGGUACCAAGCUAGUACAAUCUUCUGGUUUGCUUUCUCUACCAUGGUUUUUGCUCCAAGAGAAAGAGUAUUCAGUUUUGGAGCUAGGCUUUUGGUUAUAACAUGGUACUUCAUCGUGCUCUUGUUGACUCAAAGUUACACCGCCAGCUUGGCGUCCCUUUUGACAUCACGACAACUUGAUCCAACCAUAACUAGCAUGAGAAGUUUGCUUGAGAAAGGAGAAAAUGUGGGAUAUCCAAGGACAUCAUUCAUCUUUGGAAAACUUAAAGAAUCGGGUUUCACUCGAUCCAGCCUCAUACCCUUUGAUAGCGCGGAAGACUGCGACAAGCUUUUGAGAAAAGGAUCUGAAAAAGGGGGUGUUGCUGCAGCUUUCUUGGAAGUACCCUACAUGAGGCUCUUUCUUGGACAAUACUGCAACGCUUAUCAAAUGGUUGAAGAACCCUUUAGCGUUGAUGGAUUCGGCUUCGUUUUUCCAAUUGGAUCACCUCUGGUUGCUGAUGUAUCAAGGGCCAUCCUAAAAGUGGCAGAAUCACCAAAAGGGAAGGAGCUUGAGCUCGCGUGGUUCAAAAAGAAAGAAGAAACAUGUCCAAAUCCAGUCACAACCGCAGAUCCAAAUCCGUCUAUUUCAUCGAGGCAGCUCGGCGUAGACAGUUUCUGGGUUUUGUUUCUCAUUGCUUUCCUAAUGUGUGUUUUCACCCUUGGAAAGUUCGCUUUCUUUUUUGUCAAGAAUAAUCAGGGUAAUAGUCUGUGGCAAGAGUUUCAUGAACCAGAUGAAAUUUCGUAUAUCAACAACGUGGAGAAAUGUCCGUGUUCGUUAAACCAAGAAGAUGUAAUAAAUCCACCUGCUGAUGAUGAUAUUCAUCAAGACACAAGGGAGCAACUAUAAUGUUUGAAUGUCUCAAGACUCUUUAAUUUAACAAACAAAAAGGCGUGUGUUUUUAUGUAUAAGAUGAUGAAAAUAACUAUUUUCGUGGAAGGACUAUCCACAUUCAGAUGUAUUAUGUACAAAUGAGAUUAACGAACAAGUCACCAUGAGGUUGAUGAUGUUACGUGUUCCCCAAGACAAAGAUAUUAACCCUAGGACUAUGAUAUCUCGCAUUUUCUAAAGAUUAGUAGCAUAUUGAGUUAGAGUACAAGAAAUUGUAACCUCAAGAAAAUGCGCAGUGCGUUUUAUACACCGACUAUUCAAGUUGCUAUUUUUUUGCAACUAUAUCCUCGGGUUCCAAAAAUAC